UAGAUUGCAUAGGGUUACUUUAAGAGUGAGGGGGAGGAGAAGGCCAAGGAUUCAUAAAACAGGACUUGAUCAGCAAGUACUCAGAGCGUUACAUUCUGUCUAAGCCUUUGAACAGGGCGGCGUUGUACUGAAUUCCCAUUCAUUCCAAGAGAUACAUAGGCAAAUCAGUUUCUUUUUUUUAAAGCGAAGACGGCACUUCGAAGACUUCGUUCAUAGCUUAACCGGCUCACAUUUAUCCAGCGGAGAGAACACAUUGCUACUCCAGAAAUUAAGGGGUCACAACGGAGAUCGCAUCGCUCGGCUGCUGAUUCAAACUUUGCAGGACUUUUCUUCCCUCGAGUUGCAAGGGAAGUUUUCCUAUUAUUGCAUGACUCUUUUUUGUUGAAACUACCCUUAAAGGACAAAACCUAGUUUGUUGCAUCUCCAGUUACCGCGCUUGUUCGGUCUUGGAUUUUAACGAAAAAGGGGAAGGGGUUGUCAAAUGCAAAACUACAUGUAUGAGAAGGCAAUGGCACCAGAGACCAGAAACGGAGGAAGCGCAACGUUAAAUAACAACAACGGCAUUGACAACAGCAAGAGGAAAUUACUGAUAUGUCUCGAUCUCUUCUGUUUGCUUCUAGCUGGCCUGCCUUUCCUGAUUAUUGAAACUAGCACUAUCAAGCCCUACCAGCGCGGGUUUUACUGCAGCGACGAGUCCAUCAAGUACCCGUACAAAAACGGAGACACCAUAAGCGAUGCUGUGCUUUGCGCCGCUGGCAUUCUUAUUGCCAUUCUUUCUAUCGUCAUUGGGGAAUGCUACAGGAUUCACUACCUGAAUGAGGGCUCCAAGUCCUUCAUCGGCAACCCUUAUGUGUCCGCCCUCUACAAGCAAGUCGGUGUCUUCAUCUUUGGCUGUGCCGUCAGCCAGUCCUUCACGGACAUUGCAAAGGUUUCAGUAGGCCGCAUGCGCCCACACUUCCUGGAGGUGUGCAAGCCGGACUUCUCAACCAUCAACUGCAGCAUGGGCUACAUCACGGAGUAUACAUGCCAAGGGAUAGAGAGCAAAGUGACGGAGGCCAGAAAAUCUUUCUUCUCAGGCCACGCCUCCUUCUCCAUGUACACUAUGCUCUACCUGGCGUUCUACCUGCAGUCCCGGUUCACGUGGCGCGGUGCCCGCCUGCUGCGCCCACUGCUGCAGUUCACCCUUCUCAUGAUGGCCUUCUACACUGGCUUGUCCCGCGUCUCUGACCACAAGCACCACCCCACCGACGUCCUGGCAGGGUUUGCACAGGGAGCCCUGGUGGCCUACUGCAUAGUCUUUUACGUGUCUGACCUCUUCAAGCCCAAAGCCAAGACAGCCACACCUCCACCAUCCCCCAUCAAGAAGGAGCUGCUCCCCUCUGCGGAUAUUAUAGAGAGGAACAACCAUCAUAACAUGGUGUGAGGGAGCCCUGCCCAGACAAUCUGAACCACACAAAGGACAGACACCUGUGACCAUUGACCAGCAACCACCCUGCUGCUCACCCUUCUCAUCUGACAGUAGAAUGUAGGGAAGAGAGACCGUUUAUUCUUGCUAUUAUUUUAUUUUAUUUUUUUUUGAUUUUCAGUUGAGCCCAUCCUAGAGAAGAAAAAAAAGCUAAAUGCAAAAAACCUGAAUGUGUGGAGUUUUGAGCCUCUAACUACUUUUUUGUAGAUUCACUUGGAAUGGAUUUCUCUGUGACUCGAGAGAAAU